AUGGAGGAAGCAGUAAGUGCAAAAAUGGAGCUGGAAGACCGCUUGAUCCCCUACAACGAUAGAAAAUUCGUGUUGCGGAAGCUACUAAGACUGCCACUGACCGCUCUUGGGCAUUUGGUUAUCCAUUGGGCCUCGAAAUAUGGUGUUGAGUCGCGAAGCGGGUUUGCGCGCAUUCAGGCAUCCGUAGAGACGUUACAGAAGCGCAGGGUUAAGAGACGCAUACUGGCAACGCGGAUUAUUCUGGACUAUUGGCCGCGAGGCAUGUAUCUGUACCAGCUAGCACAGAUAGAUUGCUAUCUAUUGGUGCAUCGGCCGAGUCUGCACUACUGGGCCUCCUCUACCGCAUGGAAUGCGAAAAAUGAGAAACAGAUAAUGCAUUUGGAUUUCGACAAUUUUGUCCAGAGACUGAAGGAGGACUUGCAGACGUUAUAUCUGUGCAAUGUGCACAGCUUUAAGCAUCCAGAGAUGCCAUUGCUCAUUUGCCGAGUGCAGUUAUUCGAUCACAGUAACAAGUUCCGAGCAGAUCCUGCACGGUCUCUUGAUGGCUCUUCGUCGUUGAACGCGCCGAUCGAGCAUCAGCUGAUCUCAAGGAGUCCUUAUUAUAUCGCAUUUCCUUUGAACUCUCCAAACAUAAUACACUCUCCAGAUGAGGACUCUUACGCGAAAUUGAUACUGCAAAGUGUGCAAAAAAUCUACUCUGAGAGGGAGCCCGUCAUGCUAAGGCCAAAUCAGACGAUUGCAGUCAGAUCUCUGGAGGCAUUGCAGAUUUUGCAGGGAGCGUCACGGCAUUCAAGCGCGCUGGGACCCUGGGCCUGCUAUGCAGGUGUGUCGUUUGAAAUCUCGCCUUUAGGUAAGAUCGAAAGGCAUGAGUCAAUGCGGGGUAGAAGAGUACUAUCGAGUAGCGGUGAUCUGCCGGAUGAUUCCUUGCCAGAGGCCAAAAGACUGCGACAUGAGAAGGCCAUGGUUCGCUUCAAAGGGUCGAGAGAGGGCGUCAUGAAAAGGAAAGCAUAUGAGACAAAAAGAUUCAUUCAGCGCAUCCACAAUCCAGACAAGGAACCUUCAGCAUCUGCAGAUGAGAGCGAAAUAAACAUUUCCAAAUAUUCGUCGCUGAUACCUGUUGAAAAAGUAGAGUUCACAUUAACAAAGGACCUAUCUCCAGCUUCUAGACAAGUUUCCGUUAGAUUCAAGUUUCGUGGAAAAGACGUUUUUGGCGGUUUACAUGAGCUCUGUGAUAAAGAGUUGAUACAGGUCGAAAAAGUGCCUGGCUGGUUGGCAGGCGAGAAUGGAGCCGAUUCUGGGACGAUAAUUAACGGGGAGUUUAUUAAUUGCACGCAAAAGGGCGGUCUUUUGUAG